GCCUCUCCUCUCCUUCAUGCAACUUGUCUUGAGGAUCUGGAGAGCAUGGGAGACGGACGGAAAACUGCAGAAAAUUCUUCCUUCUAAAAAGUUGGACGUUACACAUGGACACCUGUACAAACUAGAUGAAUCGCACGUCUGUAAAGGUAUGACAUCCGAGUCAUCGUACCGUCUGCCGUCAAGCAUCCGAUGGAUUAAAAGCGCUGGAUGCUGACUGGAAGUGCUGAGAGCUGCUUCAGCCUGUCUCUCGGACAAUCAUCGUGCUCUUCUCUCCAGCUGACCACACCCCUUCCCUCCUUCCAUCGGCGGUUGUUACUCUGCUCCGGACAGCUUGCUGCAGGCCCCUUCCUGAGCAGCAGCAGCUGCGUCCUGCUCGCUGACUCCUCUCCCUCCCCUCCUUCCUGUGCUUGGUCAGACAAGGCUAGAGCCUCCUCUCUUCCCCAUCUCCCCCUCUGAAUAAGUUGAACACACAUUCACCAACACUUACUGGAGGUACGCAAAGAAGGCCUUGAAUUCGUCCUGAUUCCCUCAGCAGACUUUCUCCCAGUUGGCCUGCCCUCGUUUCCAACAUGACUUCCAUGUCCAGUCUCUUUUCCUUCACGAGUCCAGCUGUCAAACGCCUGCUUGGCUGGAAGCAAGGAGAUGAGGAGGAGAAGUGGGCAGAAAAGGCAGUGGACGCUCUUGUCAAAAAGCUGAAGAAGAAGAAAGGGGCAAUGGAGGACCUGGAAAAGGCCCUGAGUUGCCCGGGACAACCCAGCAAAUGUGUUACCAUUCCCAGAUCACUGGACGGCCGGCUGCAGGUUUCCCACCGCAAAGGCCUGCCACAUGUAAUAUACUGUCGGGUGUGGCGCUGGCCAGACCUGCAGUCCCAUCACGAGCUCAAGCCUCUGGAGGUGUGCGAGUAUCCGUUUGGCUCCAAACAGAAAGAGGUGUGCAUUAACCCGUAUCACUACAAGCGAGUGGAGAGUCCUGUGCUCCCUCCAGUCUUGGUACCCCGUCACAGCGAGUUCAACCCGCAGCACAGCUUGCUUGUUCAGUUCCGCAACCUGACCCACAACGAGCCGCACAUGCCCCUGAACGCCACCUUUCCCGAGUCCUUCCAGCAGUCGCACAGUGGAGGCAGUGGUCCUGGUGGAGGAGGAGGAGGCUCUUUUCCCAUCUCUCCCAACUCUCCGUAUCCUCCUUCUCCAGCCAGCAGUGGUACUUAUCCGAACUCUCCUGCCAGCUCGGGGCCCUCCAGCCCAUUCCAGCUCCCUGCUGACACCCCACCUCCAGCAUACAUGCCUCCUGAGGAGCAACUGGGCCAGGAGAGCCAGUCCAUGGAAACCAGUAGCAGCCUAGGGCCACAGAGUAUGUCCAGAGGAGGUGAGCAAAACGAUGUUCAGCCCGUGGAGUAUGAGGAGCCGAGCCACUGGUGCUCUAUCGUCUACUAUGAACUCAAUAACCGCGUGGGUGAGGCUUACCAUGCUUCAUCAACCAGCGUGCUCGUGGACGGCUUCACCGAUCCAUCAAAUAACAAGAACCGCUUUUGCCUUGGGCUGUUGUCCAAUGUCAAUCGCAACUCCACAAUUGAGAACACCCGGCGGCACAUUGGCAAAGGUGUUCACCUGUACUACGUAGGAGGCGAGGUAUAUGCCGAGUGCCUUAGUGACACCAGCAUUUUUGUCCAGAGCCGUAACUGCAACUAUCACCAUGGUUUCCAUCCCACCACUGUCUGCAAGAUCCCAAGCGGCUGCAGCCUGAAGAUAUUUAACAACCAGGAGUUUGCACAACUUCUGGCUCAGUCUGUCAACCAUGGCUUUGAGGCCGUUUAUGAGCUUACAAAAAUGUGCACCAUCAGGAUGAGCUUUGUAAAGGGCUGGGGAGCGGAGUACCACCGACAGGAUGUCACCAGCACACCCUGCUGGAUCGAGGUGCACCUGCAUGGGCCGCUGCAGUGGCUGGACAAGGUCCUGACUCAAAUGGGUUCUCCCCUAAACCCAAUUUCCUCGGUGUCCUAAUCAUGGAGUAUUUGGAUUAGACUUUUUUUUUCCCCUCCCCUUUAUUUUAUCCACUUUUUUCCCCUCCAUUUGCUAUUUUAAUUUAAGGUUGUCUUAACGGCUGAACUGUUUACAAUUAAUUGGGAAGGGACAUUGGUAGAAUGUCAGCGGCAGCAGCCAGAAUCAGUUGUUGAAAUGUUUUCGUGUUGCCUGGAGAAAGACAAGAAAUCCCCAACUAGCAGUGGUGGCAUGGACUGCCACAUCUCUACAUUCUUCACCUUGGAUACAUGCAGUUUUAAUCUUUUUGCAUCUAUUAGUUAUUCUAGCUAUUUUAUUUCUCUUAAUGUUAAGUUCUGAAUUGUGGCGCAAUUGACAAUGAUUUCAGAAUGUUAUGGAAGCAUUUUUUAUGUCUCCCUGUAUAGAAAUAGACAUGACAAUUUAAGACUCAGAUAUUGCAAUUUUCAAUCUUUUAGUGUCUAAUUGUAGAAAAAAGAACACUGAACUACUGCCUUUCUAAUCUGAUAGUUUUUGAUGUGGGAGAUGGAUCACUGAAUAAGUUCUUCAUGGCAUAAGCUAACACAAUUGUCAAUGUUACACGUGUUGCAAUAGAAGUAGUCACAUAAAAUCAAAUCUGACUAUAGACGUAUUAGGAGUGACUGCAUUGUCCAUAUUCACUCUAAAAUUGUGCACUCGGAUUAUGUGGAGGCAUAUAUUAAAUGUUGCCGUGGGUUACAAGACUAUGUUGAUGAAUGGCUUUUUGAGCUCCAUUAAAUAAACAGGUUAUUUCGUUA